ACGUGUGGUAAGACUGAACGUCACAUCAGUGCACAUGUGUCAAAAGCCACACAUGUAAACAUAAUUUUUCGUACCAAAUAUCAUUUUGUACAAUCACCUUGCGGUGAAUUUAAUUUGCUAUCCGAAUUUUAGAAAGUUUAUUUUUGAAGAAAUGGCACAACAAACACCUUUAUUCCGUGAAUUGAAUGCUGAUGAUGCCGAUCCAGAAACAACUGAAAUCGAGUCAUGUUGCAUGAACUGCUAUGAAAACGGCACGACACGAUUGUUGCUGACAAAGAUCCCAUUCUACAAAGAAGUUGUCCUAAUGUCAUUCUCGUGCGAGUCCUGCGGAUUUGCUAACAAUGAAAUUCAGUCCGGCGGAGAAAUUGAGGCAAAGGGUUGCCGUAUGACUUUAGUCGUAAAGAACACCAGCGACCUGAAUCGACGUAUCGUGAAAUCGGAUUUCACGAGCGUGAAAAUAGUCGAAGUUGACUUCGAAAUUCCGGCCCAAUCGCAGAGAGGUGAAGUGACAACAUUAGAAGGUAUAAUUGAUCGAGCUGUUCAAGGAUUGGAACAAGAUCAACCAGUUCGCCGAAUCGAUCAUCCAGAAUCGGCCAAACAAAUUGACGAUUUCGUUGAAUCGUUGAAAGCGUUAAAGCUCGUCGAGUCACCGUUUAACAUAGUCUUUGAAGAUAUAUCCGGUAAUUGUUUCAUCGAAAAUCCGAGCGCUCCACAAACGGACAGUGGAUGCGUGACGACACACUUUGUCCGUACAAAAGAGCAAGACCACUUGCUGGGCAUUUACGAACAGGAACCGGAAAAAAGUUCAGUCUUACAACCGAUUGCAGAGGACUCGUGGCCGCUGGAGGAAUUACACGGCGAAGUUCUGUCAUUUCCAACGUUAUGUCACGAGUGUAAGGCCCCGUGCGAAACGAACAUGAAAGUAACGUCGAUACCACACUUUAAGGACGUUGUCAUCAUGGCCACUAAUUGCGAUGCCUGUGGCAGUCGAACGAACGAAGUGAAGUCGGGUGGAGGCAUCGAAGACAAAGGCGUUAAAUUUGAAAUUGCUAUUCAAGACCGUGAAGACAUGAGCAGAGAUGUGUUGAAGUCGGACAACUGUAGCCUAAGUAUUCCUGAACUGGACUGCUAUGUAGGACCAUCUGCUCUAGCAGGAAGGUUUACCACCGUUGAAGGUAUCUUAGAGGCAAUGAAGGAUCAACUAACGAGUCAGGGAGCCGUUUUCAGAGAUUCCGAGGAUGUUCAAACGAAGAACAGAAUGGACAUUUUCCUGAAUCAAUUGGAUGAAAUCAAGUCUGGUGAACGGAAUGUCACUCUCAUACUGGACGAUCCAUCCGGUAACAGUUAUGUACAAGCACUAACCGACGAUGGUUCGCUGGACGAGAGAUUGAAAAUAUCCAAGUACACCAGGACGUACGAGCAGAAUGACGAAUUGGGCAUUAACGAUAUGAAGACAGAGAAUUAUUAAUAAAGUUUGAAGAAAUGCUUCCUUUGUAU